AUGCUCCCCGCGUCGCUCGUCGUCGUGCUGACCAUCACGAUGGCCGCGGGCGCGAAGCGCAUGGUGCAGCGCCACGUCAUCGUGCGCCAGCUCAAGUCGCUCGAGGCGCUCGGCGGCGUGACCAACAUCUGCUCCGACAAGACCGGCACGCUCACGCAGGGCAACAUGGUCGUGCGCAAGGCGUGGCUGCCCGGGUUCGGCACCCUCAGCGUCGCGGGCACGGCCGCGCCCUUUGAUCCGACCGUCGGCGACGUCGGGAGGCGGCCCGAGCAGCCGCGCGAGAUCGACUUCCGCGCGGAGGACUCCGAGGGGGAGGUCCUGUCCGCCCUCGAAAACCACGCCCGGGACAGCCCGCUCCUCGGCGACUUUCUGAACAUCGCCGCCCUCGCGAACCUGGCCACCGUGCACCAGACGGGCUCCCCGCUCGAGUGGCACGCGCGCGGCGACCCGACGGAGGUCGCGCUCCAGGUCUUCGCGACCCGCUUCGGCCGGAACCGCCUCGCGCUGCAGGACCGCUGGCGGCAGCUCGCCGAGUUCCCGUUCGACUCGGACGUCAAGAAGAUGUCCGUCGUCUUCGAGGACACGCAGCACGGAAAGACGCAUCUCUUCACCAAGGGCGCGACGGAGCGCGUCCUGCCCAGCUGCACCGCCAUCCGCGACGAGGCUGGGCACGUGCCCCUCACGGACGCGCAACGCGCCGACAUCCUCGCGAACGUCGAGGCGCUCGCCCGCCUGGGCCUGCGCGUGCUCGCGCUCGCCGGCCGGGCCGACAUCGGGCCCGUCGACGGCCACGCCGCGCCCGACCGGACGGACCUGGAGCGCGGCCUCGUCUUCCACGGGCUCGUCGGGCUGUACGACCCGCCGCGGCCCGAGUCGGCGCCGAGCGUGCGCAAGUUCCACCGCGCGGGCGUCAGCGUGCACAUGCUCACGGGGGACCACCCCGAGACCGCCCGGGCGAUCGCCAUCGAGGUCGGCAUCCUCCCCAGCCGGAUGGGCGAGAUCGCGGCGGACGUGGCGCGGACGAUGGUGAUGACCGCGGCGGAGUUUGACCGGCUGUCCGACGGCGAGCUCGACACGCUACAAGACCUCCCGCUCGUCGUGGCGCGCUGUGCCCCGCACACCAAAGUCCGCAUGAUCGCCGCGCUGCACCGGCGGGGGCGGUUCGUCGCGAUGACGGGCGACGGCGUGAACGACUCGCCGGCCCUAAAGCAGGCGGACGUGGGCAUCGCGAUGGGCCAGGCGGGCGCGGACGUCGCGAAGGAGGCGGCGGACCUCGUGCUCACGGACGACAACUUUGCGUCGAUCCUGAACGCCGUCGAGGAGGGCCGCCGCAUGUUCGACAACAUCCAGAAGUUCGUGUUGCACGUGCUCGCGUGCAACGUCGCGCAGGCGUGCACGCUGCUGGUGGGCCUCGUGUUCAAGGACGGCAGCGGCCGGAGCGUGUUCCCGCUCGCGCCCGUCGAGGUCAUGUGGAUCGUCAUGGUCACCUCCGGCCUCCCCGACAUGGCCCUCGGCUUCGAGGCCGCCGCGGCGGAUAUCAUGGACCGCCCGCCUCAGGAUAUGAAAGCGGGCAUCUUCACGUGGGAGCUGCUGCUCGACAUGCUCGUGUACGGCCUCUGGACCGCGGCGCUCUGCCUCGCGGCGUUCCUGCUCGUGCUGUUCCGCUGGGGCGACGGCGACCUCGGGCAGAACUGCAACGGCGCGUACUCGCCCGCGUGCGACACCGUCUUCCGCGCGCGCGCGACGUGCUUCGCGUCCCUCACGUGGUUCACGCUCUUCCUCGCGUGGGAGAUGCUCCACAUGCGCCGCUCCUUCUUCCGCAUGCAGCCCCGCGCCGGCCCGGGCUCGGCCCUGACGCAGUGGCUCGCGGAUGUCCGCCGCAACAAACUCCUCCUCUGGGCCGUCCUGCUCGGCUUCGCGACGAUCUUCCCGCUGCUGUACGUCCCGGGGCUCUCCACCCGCGUCUUCCGGCACACGGGCAUCACGUGGGAGUGGGGCGUCGUCUUCGUCGGCGCGGGCCUCUUCUUCGCGGGGUGCGAGGCGUGGAAGUGGGCGAAGCGCGUCUACUUCCGCCGCGCCGCCGCCCGGGCCGGUGGGGGCAGGGGGCAAGACCUCGACUCGGAGAGCCGCGUGUUCGGCGCGUACUUCGACGGCGACCGGGGUGGCGUGGCCCUUGACAGCAGGAUCGACUCCGAGGCCACGGUGCUGGAGAAGAACUCGAAGCCGCGAAACUUGAAGGUGUGA